GGUUACAUGAGUCUGCAGAUUUUAAUAGCUACGGCUUUGCACAGAAGUGACUCUGAGCAAGAACACCGGCAAGGACAUAUGACAUCUCUGACUAUCCUUCUCAAAACGCUAGUGAGCGUGUGUCCAUUAUUCACGAGAGGUACACACAUGCGGUAGCUACAGUUGUCUGCGAGGAAUGCGCUUCGCGGGGCUUGGCGGGGCGACGCGCAAAGAGCAAACUCGCGAUGAGCUCCUGGAAGCCGUGCGCGCCGAGCGUGCUGCUCGCAGCGGCGCCAAGGCCAAGGCCAAAUCAGCCGUGGUCAUCCAGCGGGCGUGGCGGGGCCAUGUGGCGCGCCGGCAGCUGCGGGCUGCACUGGUAUCCGAGUGGGCGACGUCGUUUGGGCCCCUAGUGACCGCUCCGACCGCCCAGAUAGCGGCCGCCGACGUUGCAGGCAAGCUCCUACCGCCGUUCCUGUUCCUGCUCAAGCCGCCGCCGACGCCCGCGGCGGGCAGCAGCGCCGUAGGCGGUCCAGGCAAGAACGCCGGCAGUCGUGUGGCUGGCGGUGCUGCUGCUGCAGCUGCAGCUGCUGCAGCGAGGGAUGUGGUGCUACUGCCGCCAGCUGGCAGCUCCCUGUCCAACAUGAUACGCGGCACACUGGCGCUGCUGCUGCGCACCUGCAGCGCUGCCAACCCACAGGACAACUACCUGGCACUGGCUGUAGCAGCAGGGGCACCGGGCGGGACGCCAGGCGGGGCGGCUGUAGCAGCUGUGGCAGGAGCCAAGGCGGCCUGGACGGACCAGGCAUGGCGGCUGCUGGUGACCUGCUGCCGGCUCGUGUGCGCGCCGCGGCAGCCCGUGGGCGGCAGUAGCAGCAGCAGCACCGGAGGCGCGGCGCCUGCGGCUGCUACUGCCGGGGGUGACCCCGUGGUUGACGCCGCGGCGCUGCGGCUGGCGGCGCUGCUGACCGACGCAGCGCAGUGGAAGAUCCUGGCCGCAGGUCCGGGGCCGCAGCGCUCAGCCGCGGAGGCGUCGGCGGCGCAGCUGCGCAGCCGCCUGGCUCUACAGCCGCAGCCUCUUUUCGCCGCCCUCGCACGCCUACUAGCCGCACAGCAGGCGCAACAGCAAGCGCAGCAGCCGCAAGCGCAGCAGCCGCAAGCGCAGGCUCCGUCGCCGCACCAGCAGGGGGCGCAACAGCUGCAGCAGCAACAGCUGUCACGGUUGCUGGGGCUGGUCUUGGCGGUGCUGCAGUCAGCCCUAGACCUCGAACAGCGGGCAGCCGCCGUCACAGCUACAGCCGCCACAACCGCCACAGCACCUCCUCCUGGCAGUAGCACAAACAACGGUGGCGGUGGCGGUGGGAGUGGCAGUACUGCUGCGUUGGAUGCGGAGGCGGCACAGCGCUGCCUGGCGGCGUUCGCUCAGCUGGUGCUGGUGGCGCCGCAGGCGGUGGCGCUGGUGCCGGGGGACAUGCAGGCGCGGCUUCGGGAGCCACGGGUGUUCGCGGCGCUGUGUCGGUGCGUGCGGCAGUUGCUCAAGUCGCGGGCGCUGCGGGGCGCCCCCGAGGCGGGCUGGUGCCUGACGAAUCUGCUGCAGCUGCUUCUGGGCCCCCACAUGCGGGGCGGUGUGCUGCCGGACGCAGCCACCGCAGCAGUCCGAGGCGGCGGCACUGACAGCAAAGCGGCGCCCGGUGCUGUGUGGGUGCUGACGCCGCCGCCGGAUGCGGUGUGGGGGCCGGGCGGCGAGGCGGCAAUGGAGCUGGCGGAGACGGCGGCUGCGCUGAUGGCACACAUGGCUUCGAACAAGCUGGUGGCGACCGCCGAGCUGUCCGCCGCGGUGGCGGGCCUGUGGCCGCUGGGCCAGCGCGGGCUGCUGCUGCCGCUGCUGACCGCCCUGGAGGUGCGGCUGGGCGGAGUGGAGAGCUUCACGGACUUGUGUUGCGCCGCCAUGGACCUGGGAAGCAGGCUGGCGACCGCCUUUGCAGACUCAGACGUCAGGGCUGCAGGCUUCCCCAGCGUGCUAAACGCGCUCGCCUUCUCGCCAGCCCUGCUUCCGCGCCUUUGGAAGUGGCUGUGCUUUUCCUUGGGCCUGCCUCGCGAGUGCCCCGCCGCCGCCACACGCGGCCUGGAUGUGGCGGCUCUGGCGGGCGGGUACGCGGGUGUGGCGCCGCGCAAGGCCCGAGUGCUGGGGCUGUUCUGCAGGGUGUACGCGCAGCUGCUGCUGGUCCUGGACGACGGCGAGUUCUACGACCUGCAGCAGCCGCUGGAGCUGGCGGCGAGCCGGGCGGUGGGCACCAGCCUCAACAGCCUGGUGUUCCACACCUACCUGCCCAAGCCGCCGCCGGACGGCUCCCGGCCGCCGCCGCCACCGGCCGAGGGCGACCCCGCAUACGCCCUGUUGGUAGAGUGGGCGCCGCGGCUGCUGCGGGCGCUGUACGAGCGAGACGUACGGCGGCCGUACUGCCAGUCGCUGCUGUGGCUGGCGCCGUACACUGAGAUGUUCGGGACGGAGGACCAACCGCCGCCGCCGCCACCACCCCGGCGCCGGCCGGCUGAUGACGACGACGACGACGAUGAUGAUUUCGACCCGUCCGCCCCCGCCCCGGGGCCCGACCCCGCCGCCGCCCGCAUCGGCCCCUUCACCGCCGGCACCGUGCUGACGUCACUCAUGUACGGAGGCACAGGCGGCGAGGACGACGACGAGGGGGCCCGUGGCGGUGGCGGCGCAGGCACGUCAGGCGGCAGCGCGGCCGGCGGCGCGGCGCCUGCUCUGCAGACCAAGGCCGGAGAGGGCUGCCGCCCAAGCAGCAUGGCUGCACUUAUGAAGGCAACACCACAGGCCGUGCCCUUCUCCCGGCGUGUGGACCUGCUGCGGGCGCUGCUGGCGGAGGACAAGGCGCGCGGGCGGUGGGACCGGGCGCCGCACGCGGGAGGCAUGCAGCCCAUCAAGGUUACCAUCCGGCGUGCCAGCCUGAUUGAGGACGCAUAUGCGGGCCUGGCGCAAGCGGGGUCCGGCCUCAAGGCACGACUGCAGGUCACGUUCAUCAACGAGGCCGGGAUGACGGAGGCGGGCCUGGACUUCGGCGGCCUGCAGAAGGAGCUGCUUGAGCGAGUGGUGUCGGCAGGUCUCGACGCCAACUACGGGCUGUUCACCUCCACGCCUGACGGGCUGGCAUACCCCAACCCCGCGGCGGAGCGCAUCCCGGGCGGCCUGGCACUGCUGGAGUUCAUGGGCCUCAUGUUCGGCAAGGCGCUGUACGAGGGCAUUCUGCUGCCCGUGCCCUUUGCGCACUUCUUCGUGGCCCGGCUGCAGGGCCGCCAGCCGCUGUUUGACGACCUGGCCACUCUGGAUCCGGAACUUCACAAGAACCUGCUCAUGGUGAAGCGCUACGAGGGCGACGUGACGGACCUGUGCCUCAGCUUCAGCGCCGAGACAGACUACUUCGGCACACCCGUGCACCACGAGCUGCUGCCGGGCCGCGGCGACGAGCCCGUCACCAACGACUCGCGGCUUCUGUACUGCCACCUGCUGGCGGACUGGCACCUCAACGGCAAGCUGGGGCCACCCGCAGCCGCCUUUGCACGCGGCCUGUUCAACCUCAUUCCACAGGCGUCCUUGCGGCUGUUUAACCCGCGCGAAUUUAAUCAGCUGCUGUCCGGCGCGGCGGCGGACGGCCCCGGCGGCGCGGGUGUGGCGGCCCUGGACGUGGCGGACAUGCGGCGCUAUGCAAAGUACAGCGGCGGCUACAGGCACGACUCCACCACCGUCAAGCUAUUCUGGCGGGUGGUCGCCGAGCUGACGCCCGCACAGCAGGCGGCGUUGCUGCGCUUCGUGACUUCCUGCAGCCGCCCGCCUCUGGGCGGUUUCAGAUACCUGCAACCGCCGCUGACGCUGCACAAGGUGGACUGCGACGCGGGCUUGUUCGCGGCCAUCGGCGGUCGUGACGUGGACCGCCUGCCCUCCGCCUCUACCUGCUACAACAUGCUCAAACUGCCGAACUACCGCCGCGCCGCCACCCUCAAGGCUAAGCUGCUGUACUCCAUUACCUCGGGCGCGGGCUUUGAGCUGUCGUAGAGAGAAGGAGGGGCGGCGGGAGCUGAGUAGAGGCGGGGAGUAGCAGGGGUCGUAGGGGAGAGCGUGAGGGCGGCCGAGGUUCGGGCCUUGGCCGCUGGCGCGCGCGCGGGUCGCGUAAAGGCGAGGCGAGUUGUUCUUUAAAGGGUAGGCAUUGAUAAUGUCAUCGGUUUGCUUCAUGGUCGUAGACGUCGUGUAGGAGGUGUGUGAAGAAGUGGAGUCGAAGGUGGUCGGGCUGACCAGAACCCUAGUUGGAGUUAGGACUGCCCUGGCUGGGUUGUCAUGCGAGUCAAUUUCACUGCUGGAGAACGGCCCACCCCAAGCAAGUCGGUUCAUGAGUUCCGUGGAUAGGUUGUGUAAGGUACGCGACCAGUGGACGCGUCGACAUGAGGGAGAAACAAAGGGCAACAAAGGGUAACGCA